AUGGAGGCAACGCCACUAUUCAGACCUUACAAAAUGGGCAAUUUCGAACUCUUCUCUCACAGGGUUGUUUUGGCACCUCUAACAAGAAACAGGUCUUAUGGAAAUGUACCCCAACCACAUGCGGCCUUGUAUUACUCGCAGCGAACCACUAACGGAGGUCUUCUAAUUACAGAAGCCACCGGAGUCUCUGAAACAGCUCAAGGGUAUCCGGAGACACCAGGAAUUUGGACAAAAGAGCAUGUUGAGGCAUGGAUACCGAUCGUGCAAGCUGUUCACGACAAGGGUGGCAAGUUCUUUUGCCAGAUUUGGCAUGUAGGCCGAGUAUCCACUCAUGCUCCAAUAUCUUGUACUGAUAAGGGAUGUACACCUGGCCUCUACGGAGUGGAUUGGACAGCUCCUCGUCGAUUGAGCACUGAUGAAAUCCCACAAAUAAUCGAUGAUUUUAGGCGUGCUGCAAGGAACUCAAUUGAAGCUGGUUUUGAUGGAGUUGAGAUCCAUGGCGCAAACGGUUACCUUAUCGAUCAAUUCAUGAAGGAUCAGGUUAAUGACAGAAUAGAUGAGUAUGGUGGAAACUUAGAGAAGCGAUGUCGCUUUGCGCUAGACAUUGUUAAAGCUGUAGUCGAAGAGAUCGGAGCUGACAAAGUUGGUCAUGCUGAUCUAGUUGCAUAUGGUCGUUUGUUUUUGGCUAACCCAGAUUUGCCUAAACGUUUUGCCAUUGAUGCACCACUAAACAAGUAUGACAGGGACACUUUUUACACACUUGAUCCAGUUAUUGGUUAUACUGACUACCCAUUCCUAGACCAAGACAAUUAGUCCCAAGGCCGCCCCGUCUUUUGCUUUGCUUUAUGUCUUUUUAUUUGGAUAUCAUUUUUGAAUUAUGUUGUUCUUGUGAAUUAAGAUCAUUCAGAUCUUUUAUGGGAAAGCUAGUUCUGUUUUGUA